CCAAACUCUCUGGGAGCAGGGGUGGGGGAGGGGAGAGGAUGGGGGGUGCUUCCCUCUCUGCGUCCCAAACAAAGUGUCACAAAGAGCUCGGCCGCCGGCAGCAGCAGAGGCGGCUGCAACUCAGCUUUUGUUCUCCCGGCCUGGGUAGCUGAGCCCUGGCCUUCCAGGCUUCCAACCCUGCCCCCCAUCAUCCUUCUGGCUUAUCUUCCCGGGGAGGGGUCUGGGGUGCCGCUCAAAGGACCUCUUGUGCAGGAUCACAGGUCCUGCCCUACUUGCCAACCUACUUGUGGGAGGUGGAUUUUCCCAGAGGCUCUCCUGCCCACCCCCACCCCCUCAUCCCAGGACUGGGGCCCAUAUGGGUGCUAAGACUCUGACCUUUUAGGGUCAGUUCCAGUUAAGGGAACGUAGGGCUUGCUCUAUGCCCCCUCCCACAAAUCUAGAACUUUCAGAAGAGGGGUCAGGUUGGGACAUGCCUGUGGAGUAAGACUCCCCGUGGUGGGGUGGCAGUAGGGGAGCAGGUGGACCUUCCUCUUGCCUCCUGCUCCAUUUUUGGAGUUCAUGACUGAGAUUCCAUGCCCCCAACUCAGGAGAGUGUGCCCUCAAUGUAAAAGGUGGGCAAGCUGUGGUCUGGGGUCAGUUUGGAGGAGCUACCUGAGCAGUGAUGCUCAGAGGGCUAUGGAGAGGAGACCAUAAAAAGAACUACUGGGAUGUUUGAUAAAGGUGGUCUUGACUGUAGACCCUCUAAGAAAUUCCUUUUCUUUAACCCUGUCUAUUGCAGUGUUAAUAAUUGUUAGAGGGCGAGUGGAGGUGUAGGAAUCCCCAUAGAGGGAAAGACAUCAAGUAUUAGAAAUUAUCAGUGAGAGAUGCCUAGCCACCGCUGUACCUCAGAAGUUCUGAACCCUUGCCCCUUACACUUUGACCCUGCAAACUUUUGAACCACAAGGCUUGAGGGACAAAUAUCAUGGUUCUCCAGCCAGCAGACGUUUCUAUGUACCCGUCCCUGUUGUUUCCAAGAAUCUUCUCACCAAACCUUUCAUCCUUUCCUACUCGGUAAGGUUUGGUGGUCCACACCCCCUUCUCCACCAGCUCUCCUCGCACAUAAAAGUAAUUGGCCUGUUGCUUUGGGAAGUUUUCUGAUCCUUAUCCCUGGCCUUGCAUCCCUAUAGAACCCAAAUAAGGGCAAGAUAACCCCUGAUUCCCAGUGUGGGAGGAAAGUAGGUCAGUGCUACUGUCUGGCCAAGUCUCCCGGAUGGUGGUUAGGGCCUGACUAUAGAAAACUGUUGAUUAUUGCCCACAAGCAAUAUGUGCAUGACCUGGGUUCUAAGCCAGUUCAUAGAAUCUUGGGCCCUGUCACUGUUUUCUCCUAUUAAGAAAAACUCAUCGGAUUAGGUGCCUGGGACCUGGUUUGGUGUGGAGCUCUUCAGCACCUGUUGCCUUCACUAGCAGCUUUUCCUCCUCCUCUUCCCUGAACUCCCCAGAACCAAAGAAUGUGAAAGGGGUCCAUGGAGGGCUCACGUCCCCGCGCCCUGGGCGGCCACUUAGCGCCCUCACCGCCGGCCUUCGACGGAGAACUGGAUCUGCAGCGCUACUCCAACGGACCAGGGUCUCCAGGAAUGGGAGCGGUGGGCUGGUCUGAGAGUCGCGCUGGCGAAAGGCGCUUUCCCUGCCCUGUAUGCGGAAAGCGCUUCCGCUUCAAUUCUAUCCUGGCUUUGCACCUGCGGGCGCACCCAGGCGCCCAGGCCUUCCAAUGCCCACACUGCGGCCACCGUGCAGCUCAGCGGGCCCUGUUGCGCUCGCACCUGCGCACGCACCAGCCAGAGCGCCCGCGAAGUCCCGCCGCACGCCUGUUGCUGGAGUUGGAGGAACGCGCGCUAUUGCGCGAGGCCCGGUUAGGAAGAGCCCGAAGCUCAGGGGGCCUGCAGGCCACUCCUGCCACUGAGAGCCUGGUGCGGCCCCAGGCUCCAUCAGCAUCCACCUUCCGUUGCCCCUUCUGCAAAGGCAAGUUUCGCACGGCAGCGGAGCGGGAACGCCACCUGCACAUCCUGCACCGGCCCUGGAAGUGCGGCCUCUGCAGUUUCGGCUCCAGCCAGGAGGAGGAGCUGCUGCACCACAGCCUGACGGCCCACGGAGCUCCUGAGCGCCCUCUGGCGGCCACCUCGGCUGCCCCGCAGCCUCAACCUCCGCCCCAACCUGAACCCAGAUCAGUCCCUGAGCCCGAGCAGGAGCCGGAGCCGGAGCCGGAGCUGGAGCCCGAACGUGAGGCAACCCCAGCCCCUGCUGCUCCUGAGGAGCCCCCGGCGCCUCCGGAGUUCCGUUGUCAAGUGUGUGGCCAGAGCUUCACCCAGUCCUGGUUUCUCAAGGGCCACAUGCGCAAGCACAAGGCCUCUUUUGAUCAUGCGUGUCCCGUGUGUGGCCGUUGCUUCAAGGAGCCCUGGUUCCUUAAGAAUCACAUGAAGGUGCAUGCCAGCAAGCUGGGCCCACUGCGUGCCCCGGGGCCUGGCUCUGGGCCUGCCCGGGCUCCCCAACCUCCUGACCUGGGCCUGCUGGCCUAUGAGCCGCUGGGCCCCACGCUCCUCUUGGCCCCAGCGCCCACCCCGGCUGAGCGCCGUGAGCCUGCCAGCCUCCUGGGCUACCUGAGCCUGCGAGCUGGCGAAGCCCGGCCCAAUGGCGAGGGCGCCGAGUCGGGGGCUGGCCGCAGCUUCGGAGGCUUCCGCCCCUUGCCCUCUGCGCUCCCAGCUCGGGCUCGCCGGCACCGCGCUGAGGAGCCUGAGGAAGAAGAGGAGGUGGUGGAGGCCGAGGAGGAGACCUGGGCCCGAAACAGGGCGCUGGGCCCUCUGGCUUCGCUGCACCCACGCCCAGGGGAGGGGCCAGGGCACUCGGCACCUGCUUCGGGGGCCCAGGCAAGGCCCGCUGCUGCGCAGGAAGAGAAUGGGCUGAUCGUCGGAGGGAACCGGUCUGAAGGGAGCCGGGGGGCCACCGGCAAAGAUUGUCCCUUCUGCGGAAAAUCAUUCCGCUCGGCGCAUCACCUCAAAGUGCAUUUGCGCGUGCACACAGGCGAGCGCCCCUACAAGUGUCCGCACUGCGACUACGCGGGCACCCAGUCUGGCUCGCUCAAGUAUCAUCUGCAGCGCCACCAUCGGGAGCAGAGGAGCGGGGCUGGCCCAGGGCCACCACCGGAGCCGCCCCCUUCCCAGCGGGGUUCAGCCCAGACGUCUGGAGCCAAGGUGGCUCAGCAGCCUGCGACUUGGGUGGAGGGCACCUCGAACCCCCGGCCUUCCAGCAGCACCGCGCCGGGGUCCCGUAGGAAGCCUGCCAGUCCUGGGAGGACCCUGCGCAAUGGGCGAGGCGGUGAGGCCGAACCCCUGGACCUGUCCCUGCGGGCGGGGCCGGGAGGCGAGGCCGGGCCCGGGGGUGCCCUCCACCGUUGCCUCUUUUGCCCCUUCGCCACUGGAGCCCCCGAGCUCAUGGCCUUGCACCUGCAAGUGCACCACAGUCGGCGGGCUCGGGGCCGCCGGCUUCCCCAGGCUGAUGUGUCGCUGCCCUAUGUCCGAGCACCAUCAGGAGAGACCCCUCCCAGUCCUCCUCUGCAGGAAGGGGAGGAGGGCCCCGGGCUGCUGAGAUCCGGAGAGGUGGGGUUGGGGGGGCAAGAACGGUAGGAAGCCCUCUUAGGGGCUGUUAGUUUAGAGAGCUUACCCUGCAGGAGCGGGGGAGCACUAGAGGUAGUUGGGUAGAGCAGCCAGCAGGGGGGCAGUGUGGGACCCAUAUCCCAGCCCCAGGUGGACCAGAGGUAAAGGGUACCGAGGGCAUAGCGGGGCGGGCGGUAUGCACCCAGCCCCGGGGAGUCACAGUGCCUUAGAAGUGGCAGGGGUGAGGAUCAAAGAAUGGGUUCCAGGGCUGGCAGAGCGGAUGGUGCCCCUGUUGAGGAGAUGCUCUGCCAGUCCUCGCUGGUCCAUAGGCAUGAGAGUUUAUUUUUGUACAAUGGGUGGGGGUGGGGGGCACUGUACCCUUCUAAGCCCCUUCAGGGGUCCUGUAGACGUCGCUAUUUUUGGUACGAUUCCUGUCAUCCCUGUCGCAGAGUUGUGUCCCCAAUAAACAGGUGUCUUGAGGCACAGGGA